CGUUCCUAGCCGGUGACUCUCCAGUCAGUUGUCAGUUUUCAAGAAUAAGUCACGACUACGACCUAAAGUCAAUUUCUGUUUAACGGAUCAAUUCAAAGGUGUACACACAAGACGAUAAUAGAUUGCAAUCAUGGGUCUUACGGAUGUUUAUCAUCACUAUAACACAGAGCUCGCUGACAAAAUGACGAAUCACUGGGCACUGAUCAGUUCACCUGUACUUGUUACAAUAUUCUCCAUUCUCUAUUUGUACUUUAUUUUGGAUUGGGGCCCGAAAUACAUGAAAGACAAGAAGCCGUAUUCAUUCAAAACAUUUAUCUUUUGGUACAAUAUAUUCCAAAUAAUAGCCAAUUCUCUAAUAAUACAACAGGCAAUUGCUGCCGGAUGGUAUAGCGACGGAUAUAUGGGCUGUCCUGAAAUCGAUUAUUCCAAUGACUACAACAUAUACAAGAUGGCUAGCACAGUAUGGUAUUUGCUAUACAUGAAACUUAUCGAUUACAUUGAAACUAUAUUGUACGUAUUGAGGAAGAAGAAUCGACAGAUUUCGGCCUUGCACGUGUACCACCAUGUUUCGACGAUGUACUUUACCUGGUUAGCGGUCAAAUACUAUCCCAAUGGACACGCAAUGACGGUUGCUGUGGUUAAUUGCGGGAUACACGUGAUAAUGUACACUUACUAUCUGCUGGCCUCCCUUGGAGGAAACAUACAAAAAUUAAUCGAACCAUUUAAACCAUUUCUUACCCUUGCUCAAAUGAUACAAUUUAUAGCCUUGAUAAUGUACGCGUUGCAAGCCUUCCUACCCUACUGUUCGGCGUCACGUCUCGGAGCAAGUCUUAUGAUCGCGGAUUUGGCGAUCAAUUUCGGGAUGUUCUUCAAUUUCUACAUGCAGAAUUAUAUGAAGAAAAAUAAAAAAAGUAUAGACUAGAAUCAUCCCGAUAUUACAAUUCUUUCUCUGAUCUCAAUCAUUAGUUCAUGAAACUGUUUUAUAAGAAUUUCAUAAAUAUACUAUUUAUUAUUCAUGCGUC